AGAAUAGGUUCAUUUAGGGCGGGAAAACGUGAUUAGGUUUUAGUUAGUUAUAAGUUUCAACACGUGCUUUUUGAUUCUUCUGUGAAAUUGAAAGAUCAUUGUGUUCUUCACUAGAAAGAAAGAAUCAUCGUCAUCAUGCCUUCCAUUUCUUCCACAAUUCACGCGCCACAAUUCCAUAGUUCAUUCUUCCGCCCCUAUCCCAAAUGCUUGGCCAUGACCAUCGACACUGACUUCUUGAACACGAAGAAGAAACAAGUUUCGUUCCAACUUUCGAGUUUGAUCACACCACCUGUCUCCACUGUGAGGUUCUGCGAUCUCAACUUUGGCCGCUUGCAACCUUCCGAUGAAGAAUUGGGUCCUCACAAAAGAUUUGAGUUUGGCAACUUCGUUGCACGAGAAGCCCUGCUUGAGGAAGAGUAUUGGUCUGCAGCGUGCCUAAGGGCAGAAGAGUGGGCAAAUCGAACAGAUAAACUAUAUGUUGUUGAUCGGCAGAGGAAUUUUGCUGAACAGGAAUUUAAUGCGAUAAAAAAGCGGUGCAAGGAGCUACAAGACGGUCACAGUAGCACAUGCAUCAUCACGGUUAGGAAGCCACAAAAGAAUGUAAAACUCCCAAUAAUAGAAAGUGUUGUAGGAACUCUUGAUUUGAAUAUCAUAUAUUUGCGGCGAGGGGAGACCUUUCCUGGGAUCGACCGAACAGCAUCAAGCAGAUAUGGUUAUAUUGCAAACUUGUGUGUUGCCAAAUCACUUUAUCGCAAGGGUGUUGCAAGCAAAAUGUUGUAUUUUGCUGUGGAGUCUGCAAAAUCUACUGGUGUGUCACGUGUGUAUGCGCAUGUGGACAGAAACAAUAAACCUGCCCAAAUAUUAUACCAAAACUUAGGGUUUGAGAUAAUUGACACUGCAAACCCCCUGUUGUUGAAAAAUCAAACAUCCUUGCUUUUCUUACAGAUGUAGAGCUAGCACAAAAGAUAUUGUUGUGCUUCGAUAGAAUAGUUUCUGAACAGUCCUGAAUUCCAAAUUCCUUUACUUCUAGGAGAUUUUCACAAUUUUAUAUUUUGUUACACACUUGCAUGUAUUCAUCACAGUUUCAACAAUUGAUUUUUCAAUCAACAAUCAUAAAUCUGUAGUUUACCGUGUGACAUACAUCUGUAUACAAGAUUCAAAUUGGUAUUAUAGACUAUGCAAAUACAUGUUCAUGUCCUUGUUAUACCGAUGUUCCAUAUUUCU